CAGGAUGUAGAGUCACAGCUGGGUUGAACAACCUCCCCCCUUUCUGGUGUGCAGGGUUCCCCCAUAUGCAGGGAUCAAAGUGCGGAUCGCGCAUUUUCAGCCACCGAAACUCUCCCGUCUGGCUCCGCUGAUCCAUGAAACACAAACCGACUCUUUACGCGCGGAAAAAUAUAUAAAACGAGUAUGAAGGGAAUGACCCACCUCUGGACCCUCAUGCCUGCAUUACUGCUGAUGCUUUCGCUAGUCACCGAAAGGCUGAGCAGCCAUCCAGGAAAUGGCAAUGAAGUCCUCAAAGAGAUGGAGACCGAAUUCAACAGAAGCCGGAAUCUGGAGAUUGAGAAUGUGAUCAGAAAUAUCUCGGAUGUGAUGCAGAGUUAUGCAGCGACCACUUCUCCAACCAUCGCCAUGUCUCCUCCAAGCUCUACUGUUGCUCAGUGUCCAGGAAACCAAGUGACGCAGGAGGGCAGUGCUGGCUGUGGCUGUCCAUCCGGAACUGUACAGAGCCGGGAAAACUGUACUUGCCCUGUGGGGUUUGCUCUGCAGGGAGCAGCUGAGUGUAAAGAUGUUAAUGAGUGUGAAGGAGAAGGACCAGGGCCAUGUGGUCUCCAUGCCAGCUGCACUAAUACCCCCGGCUCAUACUCAUGUUCCUGUCUCCGUGGCUACAUGAUGGGUUCAGGAGGGUGCCAGGAUAUAGAUGAAUGUGCUCUGGCUGCAGUCACGGGCCUGCAGGCCUGUCAGAAAGGGGCUGAAUGCAAAAACACCCCCGGUUCCUUCGCCUGCUCGUGCCCAGUGGGAUAUGUGAGGGCUUUGAAUGGGAAAGACUGUAUAGAUGUAGACGAGUGCAGCUUUGAGAAGCAGUGUCGCCGUGAACUGGGAAACAUAUGUGUGAAUACUCCUGGCAGUUUUCUGUGCCAGUGCCAGCCUGGCUUCAGAGCUGAGACCCCUACCUGUGUUGACGUGGAUGAAUGUACUGAGAGUCCCGGGUUGUGCAACGGUCAGGGUGUGUGUGAGAACACGCUCGGGAGCUACAAGUGUAUGUGUCGACCCGGUUACCAGGGAAACGGCACACACUGCGAAGAUGAAAAUGAGUGUUUAUCAGGUAGUCACAGGUGCGACACCAACGCUCGGUGUGGCAACAUCAUCGGCUCAUACUUCUGCCAGUGUUACCAGGGCUUUAAUGGAGAUGGGCAGGCUUGCUUUGAUGUUGAUGAGUGCCUUCUUAACAAUGGCAACUGUGAACACAACUGCACCAAUGAAUUUGGAGCUUACAGCUGCCAGUGUGCUGCAGGCUUUCAGCUCGACAAGGAUGGACAUAACUGCACAGAUGUGGAUGAGUGUUCAGCUCCAAAUGGGACCUGUGAGCACUUCUGCAUCAACACUGUGGGCUCUUUCCGGUGCUCCUGUAAACCAGGCUACCAGCUGCACAUUGAUGGUUGCACCUGUGUAGACAUUGAUGAAUGUAAACUCCAGAAUGGUGGAUGUUCUCACACCUGCACCAACUCUCCUGGGGGAUUCACCUGCCACUGCCCACGCCCCCUGUUGUUGGACUCUGACAACCUCACCUGCCGCAAUGCUACAUCUUGUAAGCUGAGAAACGGAGGCUGCGACCAUCUAUGUUCACUCAGAGCUGAGGGUGAAAUCCAGUGUAGCUGUCGAGCAGGUUGGAAGUUGGGGGAUGACCGCAAGAGCUGCAUUGAUGUGAACGAGUGUGUAGACUUUACAAACGGAGGAUGUGAGCAGCUCUGUGUGAACCUUCCUGGUGGGUUUAACUGCACCUGCAGGGAGGGGUACGAAGUUCGAACUGAUGACCUCACCAGGUGUAGACCUGUGUGUGACCCCCCAUGUCAGAACUAUGGAGUCUGUGUGGGGCCAAACAGCUGCGUCUGUCCUCCAGGCUACCCUGGAGUGGGCUGCUCAGCCAUGUGCUCUCCACCCUGUGCUCAUGGAGGAACAUGCAUGCGAUGGAACAUGUGCUUGUGUCCCUCUGGUUGGACAGGAGCAGGCUGCCACACAGCUGUGUGUGAGUUGCCGUGUGCUAACGGCGGUCGCUGUGUAGGCCCCAAUACCUGCCAGUGUCCCUCUGAUUACACGGGCCCCCAGUGUCUAGUGCCACUUUGCACUCCGGCCUGUCAGAACGGGGGAAGAUGUGUGGAUGUUAACAAAUGCACGUGUGAGGCUGGAUGGCAAGGAGCUCGAUGCCAAAUUGAACCCAUCCAAUGUCAGAGAUCAUGUAGGAAUGGAGGCAUGUGCGUGGGCCUCAACAGAUGCCGCUGCGCCAAAGGAUUUACCGGCAGUCUCUGUGAAACAGCUGUAGCCACGCGAUGUGUCCCACCCUGUCAACAUGGAGCCACGUGCAGCCCGCACAACACCUGUACCUGUCCAGAAGGCACCACAGGCCUGCGCUGUGAGAGGCUGACAUGCCCUGUUGUCACCAUGAUGGUCAGCACAGCUCGUGCUGUGAGGAAAGCUUUCAAGGAGAGCUAUGUCGAUCGCUGUGGACCCCUGGGAGUUCAGCUUUGCACUAAAUACAGGAUAAACCAGGCUCGUGUGUACCUGCAGGCCUACAGGGUUGGCUACAAAAUCCAGUGUCCUGGGAAGAAGAAUACAUAAGCUGAACAUGAAACGGGGACAGUCACUCAGCAUCUGCAGAACAAAGCAUUUUGGUUUCUGUGUGAAUGUUGAAAGACAUUAGAAGCAGAAAACCUUUACUGACAAGUAAUGCUUACAAUUAUAAGGACAUUGUUUUUGGUGAUUAGGUGCUACACACAGACAAACGAAGUUGUCAAUUGACUGAAUUCAGAAAAUAUCAGAACUGUGGAAUUAAAGGGAACUGUUAAGAGAAACUAUACUAAAAAAAAAAAAAUCACCUGACUUCCUUAGAAUAUAAAAUUGACUGAGUUCAUUAUUAGUAAUGACUUGCUUUUAAAUGGCAGCUUUAUGCUUCAGUGAAUGUGGACUGUCAGUGUACAGCUAAAGAUGUCUGGUCUGUUUGAUAAAGCUGACAAGCUCCAAAUAAAAUCCCCAUUUUUUUUAUCAUA